AACGUUGACGUAGUUUCAUCUGUAUAUAUUGCAUCUAGUUCUUUAUUAGCUUCUGUUCUCCUCUGACACACGAGAGGACAUAGAGUGUAUGCGCCAGCUGUCGCGGUUGUUGCGCGCCAAUUGUCUUUCUUCUUCACUGCGGUCAUGCAGACCCGAUUUUAGUGCCCCGCCUUCCCUUGUAUAUCCCACCAAGAGCUUCACCACAACACCAGCCCACUUAAGAUUUGAAGUUCCCAAGCGGAAAGAACAAGUCAUCAUGCCUGGCGAUAUGACCACGUUCAAGGGCAAGCCCUUUGACCGGGUUUCGCUCGAGUCUCUCAUGAAACGCCGGCUCUUCUACACGCCUGCUUUCGACAUUUAUGGCGGUGUUUCCGGUCUUUACGAUUAUGGCCCGCCUGGCUGCGCCCUUACGAACAACAUUGUCGACACAUGGCGGAAACACUUUGUGUUGAAGGAGAACAUGCUGGAGGUGGACUGCACCAUGCUUACGCCGCACGAAGUCCUCAAGACCUCCGGCCAUGUCGACAAGUUCGCCGACUGGAUGUGCAAGGACCCGAAGACUGGCGAGAUCUUCCGAGCAGAUCACUUGGUUGAGGAGGUGCUGGAGGCUAGGCUGAAGGGCAACAAGGAGGCACGCGGCCAGAAAGUUGAGGCGGAAGAGGAGGACCCGAAGAAGAAAAAGAAGAAGGUCAAGAACAUCGCCGCUGUGAAGCUGGACGAUGCGCUGGUGCAAGAGAUUGAGGAAGUGCUGGCAAAAAUUGACAACUACAACGGGGAGGACCUUGGUCUUCUCAUGAAGAAGUACGACAUCAAGAACCCGGCAACCAACGGCGAGCUCCUCCCACCAGUCGCCUUCAACCUCAUGUUCCAGACCACAAUUGGACCUUCCUCGAAUAUGCCCGGCUACCUGCGCCCAGAGACUGCCCAGGGCCAAUUUGUGAACUUCCAGAAACUCCUCGAGUUCAACCAGCAACAAAUGCCCUUUGCUUCUGCGUCCAUCGGCAAGUCUUUCCGUAACGAAAUCUCCCCUCGAGCCGGUUUGCUACGCGUACGAGAGUUCUUGAUGGCCGAAAUCGAGCAUUUUGUUGAUCCCGAAGGUGGCAAGAAGCAUCCUCGUUUCGAGGAAGUCAAGGACGUUGAGCUCGAGCUUUUGAAUCGAGACGUUCAGCUUUCUGGCAAAACUACUGUUGAGACGACCAAGAUCGGCAAAGCUGUCGAGACUGGUCUCGUGGACAACGAAACACUUGGCUAUUUCCUAGCCCGCAUUCAGCAAUUCCUCCUCCAAAUUGGAGUCGACCCGAAGAAGAUUCGAUUCAGGCAACACAUGGCCAACGAGAUGGCCCACUACGCAGCAGACUGCUGGGACGCGGAGCUGCUUACAUCGUAUGGCUGGAUCGAGUGUGUUGGCUGUGCCGACCGAAGCGCAUACGAUCUCACCGUGCACAUGAAGAAGACGGGCGCCCCUCUGGUUGUCCGUGAGCCGAGAAAGGAGCCGCUCAAGAUUGAAGAGUGGCAAUGCGACCUCGACAAGAAGAAGUUUGGCCCUAAAUUCAAGAAGGACGGCAAGACGGUAGAAGCGGCCAUCGAGGCUCUGUCACAAGACCUGCGAGAGAAACUCUCUUUGGACUUGGAAAAGGAGGGCAAGAUUGUCAUCGACGUCCCUGGUGUUGGCGAUGGCAAGGUUGAGGUUCCCAAAGAGCUCAUCAACAUUGAAAAGCGCACCAGAGUGGAGAAUGUACGGGAGUACACGCCGAAUGUCAUCGAGCCAUCUUUCGGUAUCGGGCGAAUAGUCUACGCUCUUUGCGAACACAUCUACUGGACCCGCGAGCAAGACGAGGCCCGUGGUGUUCUAUCCUUCCCUCCAACAGUCGCCCCCACCAAGGUUCUCAUCGUCCCAUUGAGCUCACACACCGACUUCAAGCCCUUUGUACGAACACUAAGCGACAAGCUUCAAGAUAGUGGCAUCUCCAGUCGCGUCGAUGACUCUGGUGCAUCGAUUGGCAAGCGCUACUCGCGUAACGACGAGCUUGGUACGCCCUUGGGCAUCACUAUCGACUUCCAAUCCGUCAAGGAUAGCACUUUCACAUUGCGAGACCGUGACUCAACAGAGCAGGUUCGUGCCAGCCUAGACGACAUCAUCAAGGCUAUCUCAGGCCUUGUGAACGGCCGAGAGAAGUGGUCAGAUGUCUCUGCACGCCUACCGAAAUUUGAGGGCCAGGAGGUGGAUUAGAUGCUGCAGCCAAGGGGCCGGCAAAAGGUUUCAUACGCUUUAGGAUUAUAGAUAGGGCGCAAAAGCUUGGAAUAUAGCCCAGGUGCUAAUUCUGGAGCAUGAAGCAUGUAUUAGUGUCUGCAAUAAAAGCAGUAUAUCGAAAGGCGUAUUAGGUUACGUCUGUUAUGUGCUCCUUUUAUAGGGCUCCUCACAAAACGAACCAGG